AGAGAAAAGAGGCUUUGAAUCCCCAAGUUUUACACUGUAGAAGAGGAUCUGGAUCUUAACCGCGUUUGCCUAGUUCUCGGCACAACUACAAGUAGAAGAUAUCUUCUAUUAUUUUGAAUUACACAACAGUAAAAAGAAAUUAGGUUUUAUUACGUGUUCGGUUUCGCAGGGAAGGAUAAGGAACAUCAACAUACUCAUAUACAAGAAUUGUAACUAAGUUUGGAUAUAAUAUAAGAUUCGACGAAGCUCGAAUUUUUAUGUGUGUAAGCGUUGGCACUUCCUUCUUGUAGGAGGUUCAGAAGUUUGGCGAAUCUUUUUACAUCAACACAGUUAGUGUCUCAACCAAGCAAGAUGGCUCGUCCACUUUCAAAAAAGUUUCUGCAACUCGUGGUUGCGAGUGCCUUCGUUGGCGCCGGGUACGGUGUCAAGCUGCAAUAUAUGCAGAAGGCUUCUGCGAAGGCCAUGGAAAGAACUUGUCAGGAAGUCUGGGACGAAGCGAUGGAGAAGGCAGCGGCAGGCGAGGACGGUGGUCCAGAUUCAACGGCUAAAACGAAAUCCAACUUCUUCAAGCUGGGCUUGUUAACAAAACGUGAAGAGGACUGGCCCCACACUGACCGUGGCCGUCUUCGCUCGUCGGAGUUGCGUCAGGACAGAUUCUGCGGGGCUUAUCUGCGCAAAUUUGAGCCGACGCGGGAAGUUAAGCAGAAGAGUGUCCAAGACGCGAAAUCAGCCCUUAUAGCUAGUAGAAGCGAGAAAGCACCAGACGAGAUGACAGAGUUAGGGGCUGCGUUCCGUCAGGUUUUGCGAAGAGAGUGCUGCAUCCACGAGCCAGACGAGGAUGAUCGACCUUCGCUAUGGCAGUCAGUGGCUCCGCCUGCGACGGAUUCUUCGGUCCAACCCGCUACGGGUCCAGGACGUACUCCUGUACUUACUGGCUCUCCGGCACCGGUUACAACAACGGGUUCUUCCGGUUCGGCUCCAGUGCGUCCCCCUGAUUCGCCUGCGACGGCUUCUACGCGUCCAGGUGGAUCGUUCGUUCGCCGCCGAUCCCCAACGCAUACUCCUGUACUUACUGGCUCUCCGGCACCGGUUACAACGGGAUCUUCCGGUUCGGCUCCAGUGGAUUCCCCUGGUUCGCCUGCGACGGAUUCUUCGGGCCAACCCCCUGCGCGUCCAGGAUCGCCGGCGGCCGUGAGUCCUGUACCGUCGGCGCCUCAACAGGGGACGUCGAAUGCAGCGGAUGCGUCGGCUGCUCCGGUACAAGGAGCGGGUGCGCAACCCAACAAGGGCAGCAAAGGUUGCUGCUGA